AUGUUUCCACCUUCCGGAAGCUACAGUGUCGACAUCGAGGCCAUAUCUGGAACCUGUGGAUCGAUAUCAAUUGCAUGCUGGGUGGUCGUGUUCUCCCCACAGAUCAUUGAAAACUUCAGACGGAGCUCUGCAGAGGGUCUGUCAGUCGAAUUCAUCAUAAUAUGGCUACUUGGCGACAUCUUCAACGUUCUCGGGGCGGUACUACAGGGUGUACUGGCGACGAUGAUCAUCCUUGCCAUCUAUUACACCGCGGCUGAUAUUGUACUGCUUGGACAGUUCUUCUACUACACCGGUUUCAGGCUGCGGGAUCCACGACCGGACAAGAAGCCAGAUAAUGAAAAUGCCGCACCGUCCGAGCGAUCUCCUCUGAUACUGAAUGGUCAUGCAAAUGGCAACUCCGAACCAACAAGACGUCCUGCCAAUGCGGCAGAUGUUGAGACACGCGCGAGAUCUCGAUCGACCUUCCGAGAAAGGCUUGCAAGCCUUGACCCAACACAUUUUUCACCAGCUGUGCCGAUCCACUCGCACCCUGAGGAAACCACGGACUCCGACACUAUGAAGCCCCAUCAGCCAAGAUCAUGGGUCCAAGCUAUCUUGUUCAACAGCACGGCUAUUGUCUUGGUCGUCCUCGCUGGUGUCGCUGGCUACUACCUCAGCCCAGCCCCUCCACAAGAACACGACAAGUCUGCAGCUUCGGAUCAGGCUGACUCACUCCACUUCAGCCUCUGGGGUCAGAUCUUUGGAUAUAUCUGUGCAGUGCUGUACCUUGGCAGCCGUGUUCCACAGCUCCUCUUGAACUAUCGCCGAAAGUCCACGGAAGGGCUGAAUGCGCUCUUCUUCUUGUUCGCAUGCAUCGGAAACCUGACAUAUGUGCUGUCAAUUCUCGCAUUUGAGCCUAUUUGCAGUCGUCACUCGCGUGGACAUUGGCGAGAGAGCCACUGCAAGUCUGGAGAGGCCACGUCCAUUUAUGGCAAAUACAUCCUGGUGAACUUGAGCUGGCUGAUUGGCAGUCUCGGAACGCUCUUCCUGGACUUUGCUGUCUUUGUGCAGUUCUGGCUCUACAGGAACAACAACAACGAAGGCACAGCAGGAGUCAAUGGUACGCCCAAUGGCGAGGCUCGAGGAAGAGAUGAGAGCACUCGGUGA